GUUGCUGGGCGCGCGGGGCCUGCCGGGAGGCGUAGUUCCGGGCCCGCGCUCGCCGUCGCCGCUGCCUCCGCUCCGGCCGCGGCCCGAGGAGAGGCCCAGCUCGACCUCGGGUAGGCCCCGACUGGACCCCGAGCCGCGUCCCCGCGACGGCCGGCAGCCCCCGCCGGUGGGGAGCGGCCCCCUCGGCGCCCCUGCGAGCCGCCGGCCUUGCCCUCUCACGACGGCCCUGCCAGGUGGGACGGCGGAGCAGGCUUGAAUGUAACCUGGGAAAGACACAAAGAUGUCGUCGCUUCACAACACCAGAAUCUCGGCACUCCUGGCCUGGGUGAACAGCCUGAAGCUGGGUGAUGCUGUCACUUCCUUGUCUCAGCUCCAGGACUGCAGCCUCUUCCUCAAGAUCAUCGGCAAAAUACAUGGCACAGAAGAGGGGCAGGAUGUUUCCCAGCAGAGUGUGGCAGAGCGGGUGACCCAAGUGGUCAGCUUCCUUCAAAAAAUCUGCAAGCACAAACCCCUCCCGCACAGCCUGGUCUCCGAGGAGAAGCUUCUAGCAGCGGAAGAGCUGGAGUUAGCCAAGGUGGUGACGCUGCUGCUGUACUAUUCUUCCAUGAGUGAUAAGAUCCCUCGGGAGUGGACCGCGCUGGAAUACGGCCUCCAGACGGAGAUGGCCAAGUUCCUGAACUUCAUGCUCUACAAUGAAGAUUGUCUCGGCGAAGAUCUGGAGAACUUUCUCCAAAAGAAAAUGCCUCCAGCCUCCUCCAGCUCCUCCAGUGCCAGCUCGGAAGAGAGCACCCCGCCCAAACGAGGGGUGCCUUUCUUGAAACUGCACAAGGUCGCCUCCUCUUCCAGCAUGAAUAAGUUGCUCCCUCCCUCCUCCACGUCCCCCAUGGGGGAGAUCAUGCAGACCCCCCAGUUCCAGAUGAGGAGGUUGAAGAAGCUGCUGGAAGCGGAGCGGGAGAAUCGGGACGAACUGGAGCACGAAUUGGCCGAGAAUCGGAAGCUCAUUGACGAGAAAGACACCCGGAUCCUGAUGCUGAAGCAGAGGAUCGACCGCCUGACUCUCCUGCAGGAACGGCAGGCAGCUGCGGAUCAGCUGGAGCCCAAGGAGCUGGAGGAGCUGCGGGAGAAGAACGAAAGCCUUCUCUUGCGCCUGCAUGAGACGCUGAAGCAGUGCCAGGAUCUGAAGAUGGAGAAGGGGCAGAUGGACCGGAAGAUCAGCCAGCUCUCCGAGGAGAACGGGGACCUCACUUUCCGGCUCCGAGAAUUUGCCCGCACCCUGACGGAGGUUCAGGAGGCCAUGAACGAAAUGAGCGAAGGGCAGGACAAGUCCCUGAAGGAAUGGGAGGAGCGGAGGAGUCGCCUGGAAGCGGAUCUGCACGGGGCCCUGAGCGAGAAGAGCUGCCUGGAGGAGCAGGUGGAGAUUCUGCAGGGGAAAAUGGCUCUGCUGGAGGACCAGCUGGCCAAGCUGACCGAGACCCUGCCGGUGAAAGGAGAGGUCCUGGGCGACGUCUUGAAGCUGGAAGGCCUGAACCAGCAAGUGGAGAGCCUCAGCAGCAAGCGGGCCGAACUGCAAGUCACCGUCCUGCGCCUGGAAGAGGAGAAGCGUCUUCUGGAGGCCAGCCUCCAGUCGGAGAGGAGAAGCUUCGAAGCGGAGAAAGCCCAGCUGACGGGCCUCCUGACGGAGCUGCAGAGUUCCAGCUCCGAAAUCUCCCGCGCCAAGGAGAAGCUGGAGCAGGACUGCCGGGCCCAGGAGGAGUGCUUGAUCGCUCAGGCCAACAGCCUCACCGCCGAGAUCGCCAAGCUGACGGGCUUCCUCCGCCAGAGGGACGAGAAGCUGCUGGCUUUGCAUCAGCAGGUGGAAGCCGAGAGGAGCCAGAAGGGCCAGCUGGCCGAGGACUGGGAGAAGAAGGAGCAGAGGUCCCGGGCGGCCAUUGAAGACCUGAGCCACCAGGUGGACCAGCUGAGCAGCUCCCUAAAGCAGAGCAACCAGAAGGUGUCCCAGAUUGAAGCGGCCAGCCAGGAAGAGUACAACAGGAUCGCCCAGGAGAAGGAGCUGGCCGUCAGGCAGCUGCAGGAGAAAGACGCCGAAGUGGCCUCCCUGGCAGAGCGGCUGCAGUCCCUGGAGCAGGCUCGCACCUCUUCCGCUGUGGAGCUCCACCAGGAGAAGAUCGAGGCCAGCCAGAAGAUCCAGGCCCUGGAGGCCAGAGUCUUGGCCCUCACCGCCCAGAGCCAGCAGAGCGAGGCCCAGGCGGCAGCCAUCCCGGCCUUGAAAAGCCAGUUGCGGGAAGCUCAGCAGAAGCUGGCCGAGAAGGAGAAGCUAGCCAAGGAGCACGCUCGUCUCCAGGAGAGGCUGAUGGUCCUGGAGGAGUCCGUCCGCAACACCGAGGGGAUCCUGGAGGACGAGAAGAGGAGGGCGGCGGAGUCCCUGGAGAGCAACCUCCGGCAGAUCGCGGAGCUGGAGGAACAGAUCCAGGCCCUGACCAAGCACAAGGACCAGGCGGUGGAAGGGAUGGUGGAGGAGAAAGCCAAGAGGCAAGUGUUGGAGGGCCAGAUGCAACGACUGGAAGAGGAAUCCAAGUGGAAGCUGGAAGAGCUUCAGCGUCAGCUGGCUGAGUUGUCUUCUGCCAAAAGGGAGCUGACGGAACACAGUGGGCUGGCUCAAGCGGCCAGGACGGGCCAGGAGCAAAGUGGCCAGAAGUUUCAGGCUGACCAGAAGAAGUUAGCCGCGCUGGAAGCCCAGCUGAAAAAUCUCAGCGCCCAACACCAAGAAGCUCUGGCUGCCCUUCAAGCCAAAUUGUCUCAGGCCGUUUCCCAAGUCAAGGAGAAGACAAGCUCGGAAGAGAAGCUCCGAGCCAAGGUGGCCACCUUGGAGAAGCAGGUGGCCGCAGCACGUCACGAAUCGGCUCAGGCCAAGAAGGAUGGGCACGAGGCUGACCAGGAGCUUACCGAGACUGUCAAGAGACUGGCUGAAGAGCAACUGAAGAGGCAGGAGCUGGAAGCCCGAGUGAAGCAGCUGGGAGAGCAAACCAGUAAAAAUCUGACCACGGCCGAGUCCAGUUUGUCCAGCCUCAGGGCCACUCUGAAGGAGAAAGAGCAGGAGGCCGAACAGGUCUCUGCCCAGGUGAGGACGCUGAAGGCCAAGUUGGAGGAAGCUCUGCAGCAGCAGAAAAGCCAGCUGGCUCAGCACCGUGAAGAAGCCAAGCGGCUGGCAGCGCAGAAGGAACGGGCCCAGGCCGAGCUGGCUGCAGAGAAGGCCCAGAAGACAGCCCUGGAGGUGCAGCUGCAGAACCUCACCAACGAGCACCGGGUGGAGGUCUCCGGUCUCCAGGAGGAGGUGGCCAGGGCCCAGGACUUGGUGGGUGAGAAGGAGAGGGAGCUGGAGGAGCUGCGGCUGAAGAACGUCUCCCGCUGCGAGGAGCUGAGGGACCUGCAGAAGACGGUGAGCAAGCUAAAAGGAGAGCUGGCCUCAGUCGAGGCGCUGAAGGAGAGGGAGGCCAAGAUGGAGAACGAGCUGCAGGGCUUCCUGGAAGUGGCCAGAACCCGGGAAGCCGAGAUCGACAGUCUGAAAGCCACAGUGCGCUCGAAGGACACGUCCCUCCAAAGCCUGGAGGAGCAGAAGCUCCAAUGGGAGAAGGAGUCGGCCUCCAUCCGGGAGCUGUACGAGAAGCAGCUGAAGGAGGGCGAAGAUCUCCACGGCCAGCUUGGCAAGCUGGAGAAGCAAUGCAAGGAGCAGCGGAGCACCAUCACCAAACUGGAGAAGUUGACGGCCGCCUCGAAGGAGCAGCAGCACGCCGAGGCGGAGGCCUUGAAGCGGGAAGCCGGCCACCAGAGGCAGAAGGUCUCAGAGCUGGAGACGUUGCUGGAGGCGUCCAAGGCCACCGUGGAGAAGCUGAAGAGGGAGCUCCUGGAGACGGAAGAGGAGCUGGUCCGGAGUCGAAAGGCUGUGUCAGGAGCUCAGGAAGAGUUGGCCUCCUUGCGGAUCUCGGCGCAGGAGAAGGACAGGCUGGAGGAGAGCCGGAAGGAGCAAAUGUCCCGGUACCGACAGGAAGCGGAGAGGAAGGCCAGCCACAUCAGCAACUUGGAGCAGGACAGGUCCAUCCUGCACCGGCAGCUGGUGGAGAAGGAAGCGGAGAGCAAGGACCUCCGUCGCUUGGUCAUGGCCGAAUCGGAGAAGAGCAAGAAGCUGGAGGAGAGGCUGAGGCUCCUCCAGUCGGAGAUGGCCACGGCGGCAUCCCGGGCGGCGGAGAGGUGCUCCUCCAUGAAAGCGGACGCCCAGAACUCUCAAGAGCAGGCCGAGAAGCUGAGGCUGUCGGCGGACACCCUGAAGAAGGAGCUGAGCAGGCUCUCCAAGCGGGAGGAGGACCUCUGCCAAGAGCUCAAGUCCUGGCAGGAGAAGACUUUCCAGAAGGAGCAGCUCCUGGCAGGCCAGCAGCAGGAGCUGGCCGGGGCUCAGGCUCUGAUUGGCGAGCUGAUGCCCGUCAAGCGCUUGUACCAGCAGCUCCAGGCUGAGCAGGCCUCGCAGGGGGACCAGCAUCGGGAAGAGGUGGAGCAGCUGCAGAAGACCACCGGCCUCCUGCAGGCGGAGCUGAGCAGAACCAAGCAGGAGCUCUCGGAGACGGUCUCCCUCAAGGAGCGCUUCCUUCACCAGGAGCACCUUUUCCAGCAGCUUCAAGCGGAGAGCAGCGGGCACGCGGCGCGCCUGGCCGCCCUCCAGCGGGCCCACACCCAGCUGGCCGAGGAGAAGAGGGAGCUGGCGGAGAAGGCCGCGCAGGGGCAGCAGCGCCUGGAUACGGAGCUGGCCCAGGCCGAGCAGAAGCACGCCCUGGAGCUGGAGGCUGCCAAGCUGGACUCCGAGAAGCGGGGGGCCGGGAGCAAGCGGGAGGUGGAGCAGGCCGAGGAGAAGCUGGAGGCGAUGGCCAAGAGCCACGAGGACACCAAGCGUCAGCUGAUAGCUCAAGCAGAGAAGCUGGAGAAACAGCGGGAACAAGCGAAGCAGCUGGAUGAGCUGAAAAAGAAGCUGGCUCAGCAAGAGAAGGCCGGCCAGAGCCAUCAGCAGAAAGCAAAGGCGCGUGAAGAGGAGCUCCGUUCGGAGAUGAAGCAGCUGAAGGAGAAGACGGCGGACCUCCAGACCCAGCUGGCGCAGAAGGAACAGGCCGCCGACCAUUACAAGGCCCAGAUGGAGAAGGCGAAGAUGCACUACGACGCCAAGAAGCAGCAGAACCAGGAGCUGCUGGAGAAGCUGAAGGGCCUGCAGCAGCUGGAGAAGGAAAACGCCGAGCUGAAGGCUGAAUCGGAGCGCCUGGCCAAGGAAUUGCAGCGCACGGCCCUGCAGGCCACCGAGUCGGAGCUCAGCCUGAAGAGCCUCACCAGCCAGGUCCGGGUCCUGCAGGCGCAGCUGGACUUCUCGGAUCGGCAGCUUCGGGAGCAGGGCAAGGUCCAGGCGGCCCUGGAGAACCUAAAAGGCCGAGAGUCCUUCAAGCAGAGCUCGGCCGACAUCAGCAGCGACAGCUUGGACCUGAGCACCAGCGAUGAAGGGCAGCCCCUUAACUCCACCAGGAAGAGUCGCCGUUCUUUGUCCGAAUCCGGGGCCGUGGAAUCGUCUAGGACCCCCCAGCAGCCGCCCCACAAGAGAGAGUCCUUGGAGAACCUCUCCUUCACGCCCAUCCCCACCCGCUCGCGGUCCAAGCUGGAGAGCAGCAUCGACUCCAUCAGCAACAUCACCUUGGACUCCGGGCGGACAGCUCUCUCCGGCCGCCGGCGCACCACACAGCUGAUCAACAUCACCAUGAUCAAAAAACACCCCAAGCUGGAACCUCUCGACAGCACCAACGAGUCUUUCGUCAGUCUGCGGUCCUCCGGCUCCGGGGACAGCGGCCAGGAGUCGGUCAAGACCCGCCUGCGUUCGGCAGCCACGGCCGCCUCCUCCUCCUCUUCCAUCCGCUCACUGGCCAGCCUCCCCUCCCAGGAGUCCCUCAGCCGGCUGACCGCCUCAUUGCCCGACGGCACCACCGGACACGCUGCGCUGAAAAGCUUGCCGGGGUAUCGACCUGCCACCCGCAGUUCUCUGAGACACUCCCAGGCCGGCGGCGCAAGCAGCGGCCGCAGCAGCUUCUACGCCGGCUCCUGCGAUGACGAGCCCGACCAGCUGGACGGCUGGAACCGCAUUGCGGAACUCCAGCAGCGCAACCGGGUGUGUCCGCCUCAUCUGAAGACCUGCUACCCUCUGGAGUCCCGGCCUUCUCCGCUCCUGACCACCAUCACGGACGAAGAGGUGAUGACCGGAGACCCCAAGGAGACCCUCCGGCGGGCCAGCAUGCUGCCCACUCAGAUCGUCGAGGGCCCCAGCACCCGCCGCAACACCCUGAGCGCCGCCUGGGCGGUGGGAGGGGUCGCCACGCGGCAGCAGCGGAAGCGCCUUUCGGAUGAGCCCCAGACGGGGCCGGGGACCCCCGAGCUCAAGAAGUCCUCCACGUGCUUCCCCCGGCCGCAGACCCCGAAAGAGAAGACUGAGGAUCGUAAGCAGAGAGUCCUGGCGGGAGACAAGAAGAGCAAAGCCCAGCCAGCGGACAAGAAGUCGGAGAGGCGCCAGUCGCUGGCCUUCAGCAUCCUGAACACCCCAAAGAAACUGGGGAACAGCCUCCUGCGCCGUGGGGCCAAUCGGAAGGUGACCCCCAAAAGUUCCCCCCGGAGCGGCAGCCGGAGGUCUCCGAGGACCGCUGCGUCUUCGAAGGGCAAGACCAGCUCCAGGUCCCAGAAGGUGAAGUUCUAAGUCCAGCCCUCUUGCUGGCUGCCGAUUCGACCACCACCACGUUCACCACGUUCAUCGCUCCCCAGAGCAAAGGGGGGGAGGGGCCGUUGCCCCUCUGCCGCUGCCAGCCCCCGCGUCUCCCUGCGGCCUCUCCCCCUGCCUCAAGCAGGCCUAGCAGCUUGGCCUUCUCGCCUCCCUCCCCCUUCACAGCCUGGGGUGGAGCAGGGGUGACUUCCCGUUCACCCAGCCUCUUGUGAGUGUAGGUGCCUUCCUUCCCCUCGUCUUCCUUCUUCCUCCCUUCUCUUUCCUUCCCUUUUCCCUUCCCCCUUUUAUCCCUUUUCUUUCCUUUUCCCCACUUCCCCUUUCACCCUCUGUCCUUUUCCCUCUCCCCUCCC